CCGUCAAAUAAUAUUCACAGAAGGUCGAAUUCAAACUAAAUUCAAACGGUUUAUUUUUAUGUGAAUUUGUGUUUAUCCACUUAAAAACCAUAUGAGUGUACAGUGAUUAAUAACUUCAAUAGGUUAAAAUGUCUGAUUCUGUUUUCAAAACUCCGUAUGCUUCGGAUACACCGAAAUCUUACAGGAAAGUGAAUCCUAUGAAAUUCAACUCCGACAGUGAUGAGAGUGUAUCCAGUGUCCCCGAAUUUUGCCCUUCAGGGAGUUCAUCCGAUGCAAAUUUAUCUAUAAUAGCCGAAUAUGAUGAGAUUUCAAGAUUUGUUAGAACGUUGAAAUCACAAUACACAUAUCUGGAAAAAUCUUACAGUGAAUUUGUGGACAAUACCAAGGUUUUGUAUCAAAGUUUCCAAACAUCAAGAGAAGAAUGUAUGAGACUACAAGAAAGGCUUGAUGCAAUGACUCGAGAGAACAGUGAUUUAGAAGGAAAGCUAGCUCUGGCUAGGAAAUUCCUAGAUAAAGAGAAAAGAAAUACUAAAUCUGCAGAAAAAGAAAGGGAUAUUUUGGAAAUGCAAAUAGCCCAAAUGAAAGAGUUUCUUAUUAGCAAUAAAGAAGCUCGUAGAAUUAUACCCGAGGACACAUUGGGCAAAUUGGCCUUUUUAGAGACAGAUCGAAUUGAUCAGGAACAGGCCCCACACUUGAGUUGUAUACCUGAAAUCAACUCAACAGGUUCCAUCUUGUCAGACUUCAGCUAUUCUAAAUCUGAAGAUGAUUUAGACUCAUCCAAAAUCCUAGGUGGGAAGGUAUGGAAAAAAGCUCGACCAAGUGUUGACUUAAUUUCAGAUCAACCAGCCCCCAAAAAACGUAGAUCGUCUGGACAUAAAGUAGUGGAGAUAAGCACAAAUGAUACUGUUAGGGCUACUACUACCUUAAUGAUGCCUAAGCAUGGCCCAAUUACUGCCACUUCUGUGAUUGAAGCUGUACCUAGUGCUUCUGCACACCACAAUGCUUAUGCGCCAUCUGCCCCUCCACCAGAGACUACUCCUCACAGGGUUGGGUCUCAUCCUCAACCAAUUGUUCCUAGCGAUAUGAUAUUCCAAUCGUGGAACAGGAAAGAAGGCCCUCCGAAACCUAAUAGACUGAAUUUGGAAAAGGAAAAAUACGAAACAGAAAAUAGUUCAAACAACAAUCAAGUUCAUGGCCAUAAACAACAUGUCUUCCAGAAAAGAACUGUUGUAUUGCCAGACAACUGUGGAUUUUGUCAGUCGAGGUUACGAUUUGGAAGAUUGGCCUGGAAAUGUAAAGACUGCAAAAAUACUUGCCAUGUGGAAUGUAGGGAUAAGUUGGGACUUCCGUGUAUUCCAGUGAUCAAUACCCCAAAUCAGGCGAAUGGAUUGAGUGUUAUUGCUGACUAUACUGGUACGACUCCACCUAUGGUGCCACCACUAAUAAUACAUUGCGUUAAUGAGAUAGAACUUAGGGAUUCUAAUGAAGUUGGUCUGUAUAGGGUAUCAGGUUCAGAGAAGGACGUAAAAACACUGAAGGAAAGAUUUUUGAGAGGUAAAGCUGCACCAUGCUUAAAUGAUAUUGAUGUGCAUGUCCUGUGCGGUGUUAUCAAAGAUUUCCUCAGAUCCUUGCAAGAACCAUUAAUAACUAAGGCUUUGUGGAAUGACUUCGCAUCAGCCUGCAAUGAAAACGAUGUUGAGAAGAUGAAAGCCAAAAUUUCUGAACUUCCCCAACCAAAUCGGGACACGUUGGCCUACAUGAUGCUCCAUCUGCAAAGAAUUUCACAGAAGAAAGAAAUUAAGAUGCCUGCUGAAAAUCUGGCUAUUGUUUUUGGCCCAACUAUUGUAGGUUUCUCCUCGGACGAUAUAGAUGACAAAAAUAAUAGGCACAAUUUCUUAUAUGAGGCAAAGCAACAAGCAAGUGUUCUGAAGUUUUUGAUUGGACUUCCAUCAUCUUUCUGGGAAAUGUUCAUAACCAUUACUCCUAGUUAUGGUCCUUCAAGAUUGCAGCAAACUCCAAGCACAGAUUCCUUGUUGGUGAGGAAUGGUAAAACACCAAAAUUGGCCCAUGGAACUCCGAAGAAAAAAAGAUUCUUCCCCACUCCACCAGAUAAUAGAUAUUAGGCAUAUCUCUUUUAUUUUUAUGAUCUUGUAGGAUUAAAAUGUAUUGAUAUAGAAUUAAGUUUCAUUAAUUAUAUUCUACAUAUAUUUCAGUUCUUCCUGUUAAGUACUUAAUUUGUUGAGUAAUUUUAAUUAAUAUAUGAUUAUGUAGGGCAUGAUCUGCUUCUACAUGUUUUACUCAAGCUUUGGAUAUUCUGCAAUUCAGAAUGAAGUGAUUUUUCUAAUCAUUAACACAUUGGAGAAAAAUUUUCAUUUUUAAUCGAAUUAUGUCUAUAAAAUUACCAAAAAUUUCAAUUGAAUGAAAAAUGUUGGAGGGAACAAUAAAACUUUUUAUUAA